AUCAACUGUAUCAUUAUGAUUUCGAGAUCUAUUAUUUUGACGUUCUUACACGCUAUAAAGAAAUAUAAGAGCAAACAUUAUUUAAACGGUAUGGAAGUUGACGAAAACAAUGCAGCAGCUCCAUCAGAGACACCAAUGGAAGUUGAUGAUGAUAAUGUUGAAAAAAAUUCUACCACCUCGACAAAUCCUUCAAGUGCCAUCAAAGUAAUGGCAUCUUCUGGUACCGUUGGAUCUGUAUCAAUUAGUCUGCAUCCUUUGGUUAUAAUGAAUGUUAGCGAACAUUGGACUAGACUUCGUGCUCAAGAAGGAACAGAUCAAUUGGUAUAUGGAGCAUUGAUUGGUAAACAGAAAGGACGUAAUAUAGAAAUUAUGAAUUCCUUUGAACUUAUGUUUACGUGCAUCGGAGAUGAUGUUAUAAUCGACAGAGAUUAUUAUAAUACCAAAGAAGAGCAGUUUAAGCAAGUGUUUAGUGAAAUGGAUUUUUUGGGGUGGUACACAACAGGAGAUAUGCCUAACGAAAGGGACAUUAGAGUGCACAAACAGCUUUGCGAAAUCAAUGAAAGCCCUGUGUUAUUAAAACUUGAUCCCAGACCAAAAAACACAGAUCAAUUGUCCGUUUCUAUGUACGAGUCGGUAAUUGAUUUGGUUAAUGGAGAAGCUACCAUGCUGUUUGUCCCGUUAACUUAUACGCUGGCAACAGAAGAGGCAGAAAGAAUUGGUGUCGAUCAUGUAGCGAGAAUGUGCAGUAACGAUCAAGGAGAAAGCUCAUUAGUUGCGGAACAUCUAACUGCACAGCAUAGUGCUAUAAAGAUGCUGCAUUCGCGGGUGAAAUUGGUAUUGAAAUACGUACAGGCAGUACAGAGCGGUGAAAUAAAAGGAAACCACGAAGUGCUGAGAGCCGCUUGUUCUCUGGGACAUCGGUUACCAGUUUUAAAUAAUCCAAAAUUCAAAGCUGAUUUUUAUAAUCAAUGCAAUGAUUUUGGUCUGAUGACUUAUCUUGGCAUCAUAACGAAAGAUUGCAAUAAUAUUAAUCAAUUUGUUAAUAAAUUCAAUAUUUUGUACGAUAGACAAGGAGUAGGCCGUCGUUUACGAUGUCACUUUUUGUGAUGAGUGAAUAGAAGCCAUUGUUUUUUUUUUACAAUUGUCUUUUUUUACUCCUUACAAUUGUAGUAAACUAUUUUCGGAAUAUGAAGGAUUGAAACUGGUAAAGUUUGUCGUUGAUGAGUAAUCUUAAUUCCAUAAUUGAUAUUGCCUCUCUUAUAAAAUAAAGGUAAAAAAAUCAGUUGAAUCAUUGUACUGGUUAACACCUGACAAACAGAUAAACUAUAUUGUCAUUGUUCUACGAUAGUGGAAGACAUGUUACGAUUGUUAUGUUGUUUUCUUUCAUUUGAAUACAUUAUAUGUUAUAUGACUGA